UCCUGCCGUCCUCACGAACGCGGCUAUAACACGCACGCAUCGCCGAGAUCUAUCGACGAUCUGGCCGGCCGGCUCUCUGGACGAACCUAGCUACCAACCUGUGCCAUGAAGCGUUCGGCGGCGUCCACCGUACCCUUCGUCCUCCUCCGCCUCCUCGCCGUCGCAACGGCGUCCGCCGCCGCCGAGGCAGAGCAUGCCGCCAACUACCUCGUCUACGUCAACCCACACCCGCCAGGCGUCGACUGCCAGGCGUACCAGCUCGGCAUCCUCGCCGCUGCCCUCGGAAGUGAGGCGAAGGCGAAGGAGGCGAUCCUGUACAACUACAGGAACGUCAUGAGCGGCUUCUCGGCGAGGCUCACGCCGCCGGAGCUGGAGGCCGUCAAGAAGCAACCUCAGGUGAACCGGGUGCUGCCGAGCACGACCUUGUCUCUAAUGAGCAGCAAGUUCGACGGCGUCAGCUAAUCCCGCUUCUUCAAGCAGCCAACAAGCGCAUCCAUCGCCAACCAUAAAAUAAAUCGCAUCUUUCAAUCUAUUUUGUGGUUGUGUGUGAUUGGUUGCUUGCAUUAAACGACCUUGUACAUCACAAAAAGCCAGCAUAUAUAAAUAAACGUAUAUACACUGUCUUGCUGUUAUA